UUGACGUCUCACUGGCACUAAUAUUUUGUUUUUGUAAGAUAUAUCGCUUUUGAAAUAUAUUGCUUUUAUAAAUAUUUUUAGAACCUGGCUCAAAUCUUUUUAUUGCAGUAAUAAUAAUAAGAAUAAUGUAAUAGUGUGUGCAUAAAGAACAUGAGUUACUUGAGACUACUUAGCCGCCUAGGAUCGGUUGCCUGUAAACCACAACAUUUACAACCACAUAGAUUUCAUAAUAAAUUAAUUAUAGUUCCAAUUAACGAUUUUAAAUAUGACCAAAAAAGAUAUUACAAAGACUUUGGUCAUAAGCGAGAAAAAGAACCGAUGGCUUCUAAAUUAUGGUAUUCAUUUCUACUAAUAAUGUUUAUAAUCCCUGUAGUCGAUUGGGACUGGGUAAGAAAAGUUUGGUCUGUAAAGGCGGACAGUGAUAUCAGGGAAGGAAUUGAACUGCAAAAGGAAGAUCUAGAUGAAAAUAUCGAAGAAGAAUCGAAGAAGAAAAAACACCGGCGCGAAAAGAUCGGCUUCAGGGACAGAAAAAUAAUAGAGUACGAAAACCGUAUGAGAGCGUAUUCAACACCCGAUAAGAUAUUUAGAUACUUUGCGACUGUAAAAAUUAUCCAACUAGACGUAACAGAAGUGUUCAUGACACCCGAUGAUUUCCUUAGAGCAAUUACCCCCGGAAUGAAACAACCCGACGCGGUCGAUCAACACGAAAUCUUUAUGACGCCCGAUGAUUUCUUGCGUUCCAUGACGCCGGGUUUAAAACAACCUGACGGUUUAGGAUUAGACCAAUACAGAAGAUACGAUCCCAAAACGGUGCACCAAAAGCUGGAGUUGUCUUUGGACGAGGACAGCAUUUUCUUCAGAUUAGGCAGCGCCGGCUUGAUCACCUUUUCCGAUUACAUAUUUCUCCUGACCGUUCUAUCGACUUCGAGACGUCACUUCGAAAUAGCCUUUCGCAUGUUCGAUUUGAACGGCGACGGCGACGUCGAUUGCGAGGAAUUCGAGAAAGUGGCGACGCUCAUCAGGCAACAAACCAGCAUCGGCUCGAGGCACAGGGAUCACGCCAACACCGGGAACACUUUCAAAGGCGUCAAUUCGGCUUUGACGACCUACUUCUUCGGGCCGAAUUUGAAGCAGAAGCUGACGAUCGAAAAGUUUUUGGAUUUCCAAGAGAAGCUGCAAAAGGAGAUAUUGGGCUUGGAGUUCCAGAGGAAGACGCCCAACGAGAACGGGAACAUUUCCGAAGCGGAUUUCACCGAGCUCCUGUUAGCUUACGCCGGCUAUCCGCAGAAAAAGAAGGCCAGAAUGUUGAAGAGAGUGAAGAAAACUUUCCGCGACCACGGGCAAGGUAUUUCCAAAGAGGACUAUUUGAAUUUCUUUCAUUUUUUGAAUAACAUAAACGACGUCGAUACCGCUUUGACGUUUUACCAUAUCGCCGGCGCUUCGAUUGAUCAGCAAACUUUAAAGCACGUGGCCAAAACUGUAGCGCACGUGGAUCUCAGCGAUCACGUAAUAAACGUCGUGUUUACCAUAUUCGACGAAAACCAGGACGGCCAGCUUAGCAACAAAGAAUUCAUAUCGGUAAUGAAGAAUCGAUUGCUUAGAGGACUGGAAAAGCCCAAGGAUACGGGAUUCGUUAAAUUCAUGCAUUCGAUCAUGAAAUGCUUGAAAGAAACGAAACCCGCUCUUUUAGAUAUUUAGCCUGUUUCGAAUAAGAUUUUUCGCUAGAGGAAAAGCUGUGCGAUUUUUUUAAACUAUCAGGAUUGUUAUUUUGCACAGAGUUUAUUGUUAUC